AUGUCUUCUUUUAUUACUCGUACUGAACGCUCCGGCAAUAUUUUCUUUCGCGUUACUGGCCUCAUACGUGCAGGUCAACUCAAGUGGAACGAACGACCACUCUGGUACAUUUUUUUAUUUCGAUGUAAACUUUAUCUAUUACAAUAAGUGAUCUAGGUAUGAUGUUUAUGCCGCUUCUCCGCCUAUUACGCCUCCUGAUUGGAAUGUCAAACUUCCAAAGAGUGAUGAGCCCGUGAGAAGUAUAUUUUAUGAUGAGGACAUCAUCAGAGCGUAACAUUUUGCAGCGUUUGAAAAUUUGAAUGUUUCUUUUUUCAGGAAGUUUUAUAAAAACUACAAAACACGUGCGACUAUCAGCGUUGAAAGUCUGAAAGAAAGUGUUUCGCAGGUAAGAAUGAAUUUCAAGUGUGAAAAUAAAGGAAUAAAAUUCAAGAUGUUCAUAAAAGAGUACAACACCGUGAAGCAGGAAGAAGCUGGUGAAACAAGUGAAGAGGAACUUUUUUCAAAGACUGAGACUCGUUUGAAGGAUGCGGGCAUUCAACUUCAGUAA